ACACAUUUAUAAAUGGCCGCUCAAACGCUUCACAGCAAAAUGGAAAUCUCAGACAUUAGAAAAUCCAAACAGGUUUUAUAUGAAGAUAACCAGUGCGUAGUUUUCGAUGAAGAAUUAGACAGGCAAGCGCCAAUACACUUUCUCGUAGUACCGAAGAAGGUAAUUCCAGUCAUGUCGGAAGCAUCAGUGGAUGACGAAAAAAUUAUUGGUCACCUCUUAUUGGUUGCAAAUGAAGUAGCCACAAAAAAAGGAUUAUACCGACAAGGAUACCACGUGUUUUUAGAUGAGAAUCACAAAAUAAUGAAAUUGAAAGCUCUUCACGUAUUCGGACGAGCUUUACAUCACAUGGUCUGGCCGAGCGGUCCGGGGGCGAGACUUUAACUAGCAAUCAUGAAUUCGCAAUACUUUG